AUUCGGAGCUGGAUUCUCUGUCUGUUACUCAUCCGACGGCUACUUUUGCUUCUUCCCAAUUUCCGGCGAGAAACACAAAACCCGCAGAGAGAGAGAGAGAGAGAGAGCGAAGACGACGAAGAAGAAGAAGAGAGAAAGAGGGACGAAUUUUUCUUCUUCUUUACAGAGAAACAGAGCUAUGGGGAAGGAUUACUAUAACAUUCUGAAAGUGAGUCGAAGCGCUAGCGAUGAAGAUUUGAAGAGAGCUUACAAGAGAUUAGCGUUGUUUUGGCAUCCAGACAAGAACCCAGCAAACAAACAAGAAGCUGAGGCCAAGUUCAAGCAAAUUUCAGAGGCUUAUGAUGUUCUUAGCGAUCCUCAGAAGCGUCAGAUCUACGACCUUUACGGCGAAGAAACCCUCAAGUCCGGUAAGAUUCCACCGCCUACACCUCAAGCGACGUCCUCCUCCACGUAUACUCCGGUUUACCAGCAUUUUCAACGCCAGCAUCCUAAUACUUCGACAUUUAAGUUUAAACCUAGGAAUGCGGAUGAUAUUUACGCCGAAUUUUUUGGAUCGGAGGGUGGUGGAGGGAGUAAUAGCGAGGGGGGAGGGAAGGGCAGAGGGGCUAGGGAUGCGUUUUUUAGGUUUCAGAAUGGGACGGAGAAUGGGAGUGGUGCUCGUGGGAGGAAGGCUGCUGCUGUUGAGAAUACGUUGCCUUGUAGCUUGGAGGAGCUCUACAAAGGCGCUAAGAAGAAGAUGAGGAUUUCGAGGAACGUGUAUGAUGCCUCUGGCAAGUCCCGGACGGUUGAAGAGAUAUUGACAAUUGAUAUAAAACCCGGGUGGAAGAAAGGGACAAAGAUUACUUUUCCUCAGAAGGGAAAUCAGGAGCCAGGCAUCAUUCCCGCAGAUCUUAUAUUCGUAGUGGAUGAGAAACCACAUGCUAUAUACCGGAGGGAUGGGAAUGAUCUACUAGUGAACCGUGAAUUAACAUUGCUGGAAUCACUCACAGGUAAAACUCUUGAACUUACUUCUCUGGAUGGAAGGAAUCUUAUGAUCCAUAUAACAGAUAUUGUCAAACCUGGUGAUGAGAUGGUUCUGGCAAAUGAAGGAAUGCCAAUCUCUAAGGAACUUGGGAAGAAGGGAAAUUUGAGAAUCAAGUUUGAUGUCAAGUAUCCAUCAAGGCUUACAACAGAACAGAAGUCUGAUCUGAUAAGAGUUCUCGGUGUAGUUUCGUAGCAUAACACUCGGGUAAAAGGGUUGGCCAUUCAAACACAUAGAUAGCAUAUUAUUCCCUGUAAAUAUACUCUGCAUGAUCUUGAAGAAUGUGAAAUGUUGGUAAGCUUUUCCUUUGGGUCUUUUUUUUUGUGUGGGGGGGGGGCGGUGUUCAUUUGUUUGCGAAUGAAAUUUUUGGUAAAUGGCAGGCAUAGAGGAAGCAUUAGAUCAGUAUAUAUACUAUUUAUGGAGCAUGUCGACUGCUAUGAUUUUUGACAGAGUAGCGUUUCCCUUUCCCUCUGUUGAUUUUUCUGGGGGAAAUUUGUUUUUAACCUCAAACUCUCAAUCUCAUUCAAUUGAACUCCGAGCGUGAAUAAGUGGUGAAAUUAAUGCCAUAUGCUGUCUCUGUGAGGGUUGAUUUUCUGGUUAUCAUAGGCUUUCUUCUUCCUCUUUCUUUUGGAUUUGGCUAUUCUGAUAUUGGAUCUGGGCAUUGUUUGGGUGUUCUGUUCAUGGUUGAGUCUGUAUUUUUGUGGGAUUUGUGUGUUUUGUAGCUUGAUUUAGAUGUUUUAUUGUCUGAUUGCUCUGUGUCUUGGUUCAAAGAGGUUGAUUUCACCACUUAUUCAAUGUUAAGGUUCAAUAAGAUGAAAUUGAGAUUUGAUUGUUAAAGUUUAUUUCAGAAAGAGUUGUCCUUGAGUUUUUAGAUUUGGGGAAUGUAAAUUAUAUCCAAUUGGAUGGUUUAUAUAUUUGAUACUGAAUGAUUAUGAUGAUCCCAUCAUUAUUUCCACUUUGU